AUGCUGCCUGUGACCUGUGUGCUGGCCUUAGGUACUUGGCUGGUGUCACAGAGUGAGGCUACACCAAGUGCCCCCACAAUCUCCAUCUUCCAGAAGCCACCUGGGGUGAUCCCACCUGGAGGCUCCAUCACCAUCUGCUGCAUUUGCCAGUGUAGCUAUGGCAGCUUUGUGAUGUACAAGAACGGUGACCAGGUCCCUGCCCUGGAGCAGAGUGGCAGCAUGGCCGAGUUCUCCAUCUCUAGUGCCACCUAUGAGGAUAGAGGUAGCUACAACUGCCAUUACCUGGAGGGAGGCACUGUGGUGGCUCGAAGCACUGAACUGGAAGUCUUUGUGGAAGAGCUCCGUCUGCCCAGACCCAGCCUCUCAGUCCUGCCUGGGCACAAGGUGGCUCCGGGAGCUGACGUGAUGUUCCGCUGCACCACCACGUACCCCAGCACCGGCUGUUACCUGUACCUGGAGGGCCAGAUCCGAGCCCAGCUACUCCCCAGGGAACAAGAGGACUACAACCUCUCCCUCGUGCAGGAAGGUGACAGCGGCCACUACAGCUGCCAGUGCUACACCUUCAAUGCUUCGAGAGAAUGGUCUGCUGCCAGCAACACCCUGCACUUGGUGGUGAGAGGUGAGACAUCCGCCCAGCCACAUCCUGCUCCGCUCUUCCUCCCUGCAAUCUAUUACACGCUGUGCAACACCGUGCGCCUGACGCUGGCGGCCGGGCUGCUGCUGCUGCUGGGGCUGAUGGCGGCG